GGUCUUAUCGGCUUAUCAAUCCACAUUCUACAUUAAAUUUCCACCUUAUUAUUCAAAAAUUCAAAAUUUAAUUUCGUUAUCAAACUUUAACGUUUAAAUUUAUUUGUAUUUUGUCGACUCUCAAUUGAUAUACUGCAUUAUUGCUUAGUGCAUAGUAUUAAUACCUAUACAAAUCAAUAUAACUUGUUUAUUAUUUUUUAUUUCAACAUUGUUAUUAUCUUGUAUCAAAAUGGUGGACAAUGUAGGGGAGUUACAUAAUUUUAUACAAUUUAAAUUGCUUGCUCCAGAUGGAAUUAAGAAAUGUCAAAAUAUAAAUAAUGAAGAAAAAAAUGGACAAACCAUUAUUUUGGAUAAAUAUAAUUCAAGAGAUUUUUCAAUUAUACUGAACAGUUUGAAGACAUUCAACCAUAUGACAAUGAAGAAAAAUGAAAAUUUAAAUAACCUAAGCAUUUUUUUCAAAAAUAUUAAGCACAACAAAGAAAUCCACAACAAAGCACUUGCAAUAUUCAAUUCAAGGUUAAAUAAUAAGUAAUUUAAAUACAUCAACUAUAUUAACGCUAAAAAAAAAUUCAUACUUUCAUUGUUUUUCUAUUACAAAAUGUUGUGAAUAGUGGAUAUAAUUAUAAAAUGUUUAUUUAUAUGGAAGGAUAGUUUAAGUUUUUAAAAAUAAACAAG